CGCAAGUUCAGAUCCAGAUGUCCCAUUGGUUGAUUUGUGUGUGACACAGAAAGUUUACUAUCAAGUAACAUUAUCAACCACCACAGUCCACAACACUAUUCACUCUUUGUAGCGGUAUUCAUUCUUUUUUACGGCUUGUUCUGUCUGUGUACCGUUUACCCGUUUUGAGGAAGUGUGAUAUAACGUUAUACUUAAACAACCAUAAUAUCGUAAAAUAUUUCUAACCGUCCAUAGUUUGAAAAUAUUAUUGUGCUGUUCGAGUUUGUAGUCAACAACCUUGGAGUUCCGUAGAUUACUUUUGCACAAGCCCAUUAUUGUGUACUCAGCUACAGUAGAGUUAAAAUGAGUUAUCCAGGUGGUUAUCCUCCUUACCCACCACAUCCACAGGGUCCUGGACAGUAUCCACAGCCGUACCAAUCUACAACUCCGAUGGCUUAUCCAGUUUAUCCAGGCUCCGCAGCUCCUCAAGGUCCCAUCUCUGGCUACCCCUCUGCAACCCCAUACCCCUCGAAUCCUUCAUACCCUGCAUACCCUUCUGGACAGCCUGGCCCUUACCCUGGGGCAGGUGCUCCAGGCUACCCUCCUCAACAACCGUAUCCUUCUGGCCAACCCUCUCCGUAUCCCUCUGGCCAACCCUCUCCAUAUCCUUCUCAACCCUCUCCUUAUCCCUCCCAACCCUCGUCAUACCCUUCAUCACAGCCUGGGUCAUACCCUCCAUCACAACCAGGGUCAUACCCUCCACCUCAGUCUGGAUACCCCUCCUCUAACACCCAGGGUUCUCCCUAUCAUCAGCAAGCGUACGGUGGAGCCCCUGCUCAGUCACAGCAGGCCUAUAGUAAGGGCACUCCCACUGUUAGACCGGCUCAUCCCUUUGAUCCGAAGUCGGAUGCGGAGAUUCUCCGCAAGGCUAUGAAAGGGUUCGGGACAGAUGAGAAAGCUAUCAUCCAGGUGUUGACAAACCGAACCAAUGCUCAGCGACAGGAGAUUGCACACCAGUUCAAGACUAUGUACGGCAAAGAUCUUAUCUCGAAUCUGAAGAGCGAGCUGAGUGGAAAUUUCGAGGACUUGAUCUUGGCACUGAUGACACCAAUUCCUGAGUACCAGGCCAAGGAGCUGCAUCAUGCCCUCAGCGGUAUCGGCACCAACGAGAACACUCUGGUGGAGUUGAUGUGUGCUGCCACCAACCAUGAGAUACAUGCCAUGCGCGGAGCUUACGAGAGAUUGUACCACACCAGUCUUGAGAAUGAUUUGACAGGUGAUACAUCCGGCUCCUUCCGCAGACUCUUGGUGUCUCUCUGCCAGGGGCGUCGCAGUGAGAACUACAUGGUUGACCAUCAUUCUGCUGUCAUGGACGCUCAGGCCUUGCUGAACGCAGGAGAGCUGCAACUAGGAACAGACGAAUCAACGUUCAACAGCAUCCUGUGUACUCGAAGCUAUCCACAGCUCAUUCAGAUUUUCAUGGAGUACCAGCGGCUGGCGGGCCACGGCAUCGAGAAAGCUAUCAAGAGCGAGUUCUCAGGUGACAUCGAGUCUGGCCUCUUGGCCAUUAUCAAGUCUGUGAAGGACAAGGCUGCGUUCUUCGCCGAGCAGCUGCAUGACAGCAUGGCCGGAGCCGGCACCAAGGACCGAGCUCUGAUACGUAUGGUAGCCAUCCGGUCUGAGAUAGACAUGGAGGACAUCAAACGGGCCUUCCACCACAAAUAUAGCAAGACUCUGGCUGACUUCAUCAGGGAGGAUUGCUCUGGGGAAAUGGAGAAGGCUCUCCUUAAUCUGAUCGAUUAAACGAGCGCGAGUGGCGCCCAGUUUAUCACAACUUAGCUUAUAUCUUGCGGCUUCUGUUACAGGACGACACCUCUGGUGAUUACAAGAAAUGUCUGCUUGCCAUUAUCGACUAAUUAUCGCGUUCUACGCCUCUAAUCUAAAUCUCUGGGUAAUCUCUCCAUGUAUCUAAUUGGCCGUUUACGACCAUAUGUGUUGUUUUUCAAAUUAAAUCUUUUAAUUGACGGAAAUGUUUUGUUACCAUUGUAAACAAACUUUUUUAUCUUAAUCUGUAGAUUAGGUGUUUAUUUGGUUAAGGACUUAUUUAGUUUUGUUUUUAACAAAGUACAGUCUCUGUUAUACAAGUUGAAAUUGAUGCAGUUUGUAGUCACUAAUCUCUCAAUUUUAUGUAGAUAAAGGAUAAUUAAAAUAAAGAAUGUGGAUUGGCCAAACAUGAGCAUUUAAGCUAAUCGUGGAUUCUUUAAAUUAUCGUUUGUUAUUCUCGGAUAGAGUCUAAAAACUGAAGACAGUAGUAUUGUUUUGAAUCAAUUUCAGCAGAGCACAGUUUGGGUGACAGAUUCAUAAAUUAUUGAAAAUCUGUGUAAUUAAAAAUAGAAUUACUUCGUAAUACAAUUAUAUUUAAUGCAAUAUUAACAAUGGAUGUACUAAUUUGGAGCAGUGUUCAAAUUAAAAAAUUCAUCUGUAAUAAUAUUAAGCAUGACCAAAUCGGGCUGAAUAUUGUUAUAAGUAACAUAAGUUUGAGAUAUUGCAUGCCUCCAUAUAAAUCUUAAAAUGAAACAUAAUGUGAAAGCUAAGUUUAUGAUAAAAGUUUAUGUGUAACCAGUUUAAUAUGAUAUUAUUUGCCCCGAUUUAUUUUUAACUCUGCAUUGGAUAAUUGAGACUGUAAACUUACUGUUAGUAGUUGAGUAGUAGUAGUAGUUGUAGUGUAAAAUACCAUCUUGAUCAAAUUGAUGUUCAUUAAAUAUAUAAUACAUAAUAUUAACUUUUAAUUGUUUAGAAGCGGAAUGGCAUUUUUAUAAAGGUAUUGAGCUGUCGUUGUUGUUAUUAAACGAGGUGAAGGUAGUUUGAGCUUGAGAUUAUAUACACUUAUGUCUCUAUGGUUAUCUUUAAAUUUUAUAGUAAUUUAUCGGAUAUUUGUGUACCUUGUAUCAAAAUAUAUUAGUAGUAAAAUAGCAUUUAUUGGUACGCUUAAAAUUUGUUUGAAGCGUACGUUUAUUUUAACUUGUUAUGUUCUGUUGUUAUUUUUAAUAUUAUUAAGGUAUUACAUUUUUUCCAUUCAUUACCUAAAAAGUUAGUAGUUUCAAUUGUGUAACUUUAUUAACCAAACCAAACCACAUAAUGUCUCAAAGUCAAAUCAAUAUUACUUUAUGAAUUAUCUGAUUACGUAAUUAAAAAUAUUUUAUUUUCUGCUAACUAGUCAUAUUUUAUGGGUGUAGAGUAUAUGUGUUCUUGGCAGUUUUAUCGUCUUAAUGUGCUUCCUACUGUUUAGUGACAUUCUAUGUUUGAUUUUUUUUAUAAAUUAUAAAAAUAUCAUUUGCAUCCUUCUUAAUACUAAAAUGAUUUUCAUAUUCGUAUUGUUCAAUCUACUAAACAUAACAAUAUUCUCCUAACAUAGUUUUACAUUUUCUCGUCAGUGUGGAAUUAAUCUAAUUAUAAUAUUUUAAGUAUAUUUACUACUGAAAUGAUAUGUAUACUAUUAACAGAAACUUUGAUGCCAAAAUCAUUUUAAGAUCUUACAGGUUUUUAUAAUCAAAUGUUUAGCAUAUUUAGAAAACUAGAAACUUUGUAGGAGCUGUACUAGAAUGAUAUUGUACCAUAUGACUAUUCUAUGCAUUGAGAAUGGACUGACUGUAGAAAAAUUCAUUCCGAUUUUGAUUUCAAUAUUUCUAUCUUAAUUCUGAAUUUGAUCCUGAUUUUUUCCAUAAGUAUAUAGAUUGCAUGUUCGGGCUGCUCCCAGUCAUUUAUAAGCACCAAAAUCCCGUUUGUUUAUUGACAGUCCAUUGUCAACUGUAUUCUAUUUUUGGUAUCAUCUUGCAGUUUGACUAAUGGCUAUGGUAUCUGUUAUUACUACAAUAUUGUAAAAAAUACUUCUUUCAGUAGUUGUAUUGAUACUUGAUACAGCGAUCUGUAUCAGAAAAUUUCAUUUUGGUGGCAUUGUAAUUUAGAACUAAAGAGUUGUAAGUUUGGCUCAUCAGCAAAAAGCCAUAUCCAAUUAUUGGUUUUAUCAAAUCAAAACUUCUCCAGUUCUCAGUCCUACAUAACUGGUGGUAACAAGUGAAACCAAAAGGGAAGGAUUGCUUCAUAUUUUACCAGAACAUUUUUAAAACUAUAUUUUUGUUUUAGAGUUAAAUAGAGAGUCGAAGAAUCAUCUAUUUGUCAGUACCAUUAAGAAUUGAGGGAUUCCGUAAUUGAGUAAUUUUAUCAGUCCAUCUUUAGUACAUCAGUGCAUCAUAAAUAAUUACAUCAUACACUUUAAACUGUUCUAUAGUUCAGUGGUACAUCAUUUAGUAAGAACAGACUUCCCAUGUUAAGAUUUUUUAAUUUAUUGAUAAAAAUUGUUAUUACUAUGUAAAAAUUCCAUUAUAAAUGCAGUGAAUUAACCUGAUGUUUCAGUAAUGUUUUGUAAUUAAGGUAUGAUGUAUGCACAAUGCUGGUGUUAACGGAGAGAGCUGUUACUUAAUUUAAUUUUACUGUAUUUUAGUGCCUUUGUAUGGAUAGCUUAGGGGGUGUUUGUGUCGUGCACUACAUUGUACUGUCAACCCAAUCACACUGUUUGCGUGGCUUCCAAUUUAAAAGCGUAAUGUGCCUUUCGAUGCCAAAGUGAAAAUAAGCAGGUUACAUCACAAGUUGCCAAAAAUAUUGUACACAGUGGGUGCUAUUUGCCUUUCAUUAAUUUGAAAAUUGUGGUUAAAUAAUGAUUUUUGAAAAAUUGUAGAACGCUUAAAAAUUAUUUGUUUUCUUUCCAUUUACAGCAGUUCUAGCUUAAAUAUAUUUUUUAUAAUUUUUCAGUUGAAUGUAGAAGAUAAUGAAUGAAAACCUUCUUCUUGAAUGGAGAAUUAUUUAUAUUAUAACUAUAAAAUACUUUUACUGAAGUUCCGCAUGUUAUUGUAGGGUUUUGGUCAAUUACAAAUACAUAAAAACUAUACCACGUAACUUUAUAUGUUAGUACUCUACUAGAAUAUAUAAUGUUAUUUGACUAUUCAUGUUCUAAAUGUUAAACAUUUCAUGUUUUAUGUAUAUUUUGAAAUAAAUAAAACGUUAAAAUGUUA